AUGAGCAACCAUGCCCAUCUCAAGAGCAAGGAGCAAGCUCUUGCCUUCUACGAGCUCCUCCGAACAGAGACUGGAUUACGGCUUCGGGAGCACAUACGCUCCCUCACCAGUUCCCCCCUCGAUGUUCUCCAAUUCCCUCCGAUGCAACUGCUCCCUAACCUGUCCGCCCUCGCAUUUCAUCACUCGCAGACACCAGGAAUACCGCGAUGGGAAGCGACCUACUUCAUGUCUUCACACGGCGCAUCUCCGGUGCUAUCACCGAUGCGCUCGGACGUAGAUGGGGGCGUUCGAUUGUUGCUGCUCGACUGUGCCCGGUGCACUGUGCAGGCUCUAAUGCUGACAGGACUUGAUGUUUCCCGCUCAUUUUCAGAGCCGUCAGAAUGGAAGCGGUUGCAGACGCAUACGAUUGGAUUGGAUCUAGGCUGGAUGGCGGACAUCGCUGCUAUCGGCCACGAGAAACGUGUGCAUGCCCUCGUUGUCUCCCCGGACGGCAACUGGUUCGCGAGUGGUUCUGAGGAUAACACCAUCAUCCUCUGGGACUCGGAUGGACAGCUGUGCCAUGAGUGGAUGGCUCACUACGGCUACAUCCGUUCUCUCGUAUUUUCCCCGGACAGCGGGUUCCUCGCGUCUGCCGGCGGCGACGGGAAGGUGGUCGUCUGGGAUCUGAACCAAGAUGCACGUCGAGUCGGGACACUCGAAGGGCACACAGUCCACGUCCACGAUUGCGCCUGGUCUCCGGACGGCACCACGAUCGCAUCCGGUGCUUAUGACACAACACUUCGUCUCUGGGACACAGACAUCCAAGCAGCUUCAUCCCUUGGAUGGCGCGCACGAUGA